AUGGUGGAUCCCGUUCCUGAAGAGAAGGCUGGAGCUGAGUCCGGCGGCUCAGGAAGGGUCGGAGCCGCGCCGUCAGGACCCCCUGAUGCCCGGGAAACCCAGCAGCCCGCGGCCACCUCGACCUCGGCCUCGGCCUCGGCGGCGGUGCCUGGCAAGGCGGAAGUCCCGUGUGUGGCUGAAGGCGGGCGGCGGGAACAGUCCCCGUUGCUGCAUCUUGACCUCUUCAACUUCGACUGCCCGGAGGCCGAGGGCAGCCGCUAUGUGCUGACCAGUCCCCGCUCGCUGGAGGCCUGUGCCCGGUGCGCCGUCAAGCCGGUGGAGCUGCUUCCACGGUCACUGGCCGAUCUGGUGCGUGAGGCCCCGGGCCGCUCUAUGCGAGUGGCCACAGGCCUGUACGAGGCGUAUGAGGCGGAGCGGCGCACGAAGCUACAGCAGUGCCGGGCAGAGCGGGAGCGCAUCGUGCGCGAGGAGAAGCGACGUCUCUUCACGCCUCUGGGCGCCGCCGCCGUGGCCCCGAGCGCGGGCAGCAGCAGCAGCUGCAGCAGCGCCAGCCUCCCAGCUUCGCCUGCUCCCCGCGCGCCCCGAAAAGCCUCCCCUAGUCUCUCCCCGGCCCGGACUCAACCUCCGCCUGAAGCAUCUCGGGCAGGUAGGAAGAGCCACUCGCUGGAUUCGUUGUCUCGCCGACGCGAGGGCGCCCUCAGCUCCGAAUCCGGCGCGUCGUCUUCGUCUUACAGCGGCGAGAGCCUGCGAGAGCUGCGGUGGCAGCCGCGGGCCUCAGCCAGGCACAGCUACCCAGCCGGGUCGGCGUCCUCUGCCCCCAACCCUCUGGGCCGUCCCUCGGCCCUGGCCUUAGUUCCAAUCACUGGCCGCAGCUUCAGCCUCGGUGACUUGAGCCACUCGCCACAGACAGCUCAGCACGUGGAGCGCAUCGUGCGUCAAGUGCGAGCUGAGCGGGGCCUGCGCGGGGUACCCGAGCGUGACCGGAAAAUCGCUGCGCUGAUGCUGGCGCGCUAUCAGGAGGAACGCUUGCUGUUGGAGCAAAGGGCCGCGGCCCACGGCCAGUGGGAGCAGCAGCGCGUGCGUGCCGAACAGCGGCGUGAGAGCGAGGAACGCGAGAAGCAGCGCGCUUUAGAGCUGGGCCGCCGGGCCUGGGCAGCGCAGGUGGAGGAGCGGCGCGGCCGCCAGGGCCGUGAGGAACGCGAGGUCGCGCGGCGGCGGCAGCAGCAAUUCGAGCGCAGCGAAGAGCGGCGCCAGGAGCUGGCGGAGCGCCAGGGUUUACUGAGGCGGGAGCGGGCGGGCCGCGCGGCCCAGGAGGACCGGCUACGCAAAUUGCAGCAGGAGUAUAACCUGAAGCUGCGGGAAGAGGGCCUGCAAGAGGGGCGCGCGCGCACGGAGAAGAUCCAUAAGGAGCGCACCCAGAGGGCGGCCUGUGCCAAGCAGCGGCAGGAGGGCCAGCUGCAGCGGGAGAAACGAGAGCUGAGCCGGGCCGAACGGGCACGCCACGAGGCACUGAUGCAGGGCCGGGUCCGACAAGAGAAGAAGGAACGAGAGGGCCUGCGGAACUCCCUGGCGGCCAGUUUGGGCCGCGCUCAGGAAAACUACGAGCAGUUGGUGGAACAGCGCAGCCGGGAGCUGCGGGAGCGGGCCCGGCGGGAGGAGCUGCAGAGUCGGAGGGCUAAGGAAGCGGCCGAGCGCAAAGAUAAGGAGCACCAAGCCCACCUGGAGGCGCUGGCCCGGGUCGGGGAGCGACGGCUGCAGCACGCCGCACAGGCAGUCGAGGAAGCGGUGCAAGAGAAGGCGCGGCGCGUGGGCCAGAGCCGGCUGGAGAAGGAGCGAACCCAGCGCGCCAACAAGGAGAAGGUGGAGAGGGACGAAGACUGCCGCCGUCGGGAGCUGCUCCAAGCCAUCGGACGGAAACUGGAGCGCAGCGAGCAGCUCUCUCGGGAACGUCGCAGCGCGCUGGAGAGCGCCCGUUCCACCGCUCGGGCCUCCUUCCACGUUCGCGAGAAGGUGCGUGAAGAGACCAACACGCGCUCCUUCGACCGGAUGGCCCGGGAGGCCCAGCUGCACGCCAGCCUGGACCGUAAAUGA